CAAAUCCCAUACUACCCUAGUAUAUUUAAUCCAUUAUGUUUGUAAUGUGUAGGAUGAGAAUAUCUGAUAUAAUAGGUUCAUUCAGCAGGCCUUACCUCCGCCCAGUAGACGGCAGCAAAUUCAACAGAUGAGACUGUAGGCUACCCUUGAAAUACUGAAGAAGAAACACAUUCACUUUUGUUGUGUGUGUUGGGUGAAAGCGGUACAGGGGAAAAUGUUGUCGAAAGCUGUGAAAACGUGUUUUUCCGGUGUGAAAAAUGUAUGUCGAGGUGGACAAGUACUUUCCACUGCAAAUACCAGGUGCGUUUCGUAGUUUUGCGUGGACAUUUUACUGGGGAAACGGUGUUUAUUUAACGUUUAAUUUACUGUUAUUGAGCAGGAAAUAUGUUCGUUGUUUUUUCUAUUGUGUUGAAUUCAUUGAAAUUGUCAUUAAACAUAAUAUUUUAGUUAGACAGUGUUGUCAUAUGUAGUCAGUAAGCAAAAUAUAGCUACUUGAAGUGUUCGACAUUGUCUGUUGACCCACUAAUGCGAAACUGGGACACAGUCACCUUUGGCACACUUUCCCAGAAAUGGCCUUUUAAAGCCUAUCUAACGUUUGCCUUUACAUAUGAGGUAACUAGGGGGGUUGAAUAUAACUCAGCUAUCCAACACUGCUAACUACAGAUUGUUACACCAGAUAAUGUGAUUUUAUUCUGUAGCUACAUCACUGCAUACUCCCUAUUCAUGAAUUCUGACACUCCUGAUUGAUUGCUCCUACCUUGGUUUGGUUGCUUGGUUUUUUUAUUUUAUUUUAUUUCACCUUUAUUUAACCAGGUAAGCCAGUUGAGAACAGGUUCUCAUUUACAACUGCGACCUGGCCAAGAUAAAGCAAAGUAGUGCAAUAAAAACAACACAGAGUUACAUAUGGGGUAAAAAACAUAAAGUGAGAAAUACAACUGAAAAUAUAUAUACAGUGUGUGCAAAUGUAGCAAGUUAUGGAGGUAAGGCAAUAAAUAGGCUAUAGUGCAGAAUAAUUACAAUAGUAUUAACACUGGAAUGCUAGAUGUGCAAGAGAUUAUGUGCAAAUAGAGAUACUGGGGUGCAAAAGAGCAAAAUAAAUAACAAUAUAGGGAUGAGGUAGUUGGGUGGGCUAAUUUCAGAUGGGCUGUGUACAGGUGCAGUGAUCGGUAAGGUGCUCUGACAACUGAUGCUUAAAGUUAUUGAGGGAGAUAAGAGUCUCCAGCUUCAGAGAUUUUUGCAAUUCGUUCCAGUCAUUGGCAGCAGAGAACUGGAAGGAAUGGCGGCCAAAGGAGGUGUUGGCUUUGGGAAUGACCAGUGAGAUAUACCUGCUGGAGCGCAGACUAAGGGUGGGUGCUGCUAUGGUGACCAAUGAGCUAAGAUAAGGCGGGGAUUUGCCUAGCAGUGAUUUAUAGAUGGCCUGGAGCCAGUGGGUUUGACGACGAACAUGUAGUGAGGACCAGCCAACAAGAGCGUACAGGUCACAGUGGUGGGUAGUGUAUGGGGCUUUGGAGACAAAACGGAUGGCACUGUGAUAGACUACAUCCAAUUUGCUGAGUAGAGUGUUAGAGGCUAUUUUGUAAAUGACAUCGCCGAAGUCAAGGAUCGGUAGGAUAGUCAGUUUUACGAGGGCAUGUUUGGCAGCAUGAGUGAAGGAGGCUUUGUUGCGAAAUAGGAAGCCGAUUCUAGAUUUAACUUUGGAUUGGAGAUUCUUUAUGUGAGUCUGGAAGUUGAGUUUACAGUCUAACCAGACACCUAGGUAUUUGUAGUUGUCCACAUACUCUAGGUCAGACCCGUCGAGAGUGGUGAUUCUAGUCGGGUGGGCGGGUGCCAGCAGCGUUCGAUUGAAAAGCAUGCAUUUAGUUUUACUAGUGUUUAAGAGCAGUUGGAGGCUACUGAAGGAUUGUUGUAUGGCAUUGAAGCUCGUUUGGAGGUUUGUUAACACCGUGUCCAAUGAAGGGCCAGAUGUAUACAAAAUGGUGUCGUCUGCGUAGAGGUGGAUCUGAGAGUCACCAGCAGCAAGAGCGACAUCAUUGAUAUACACGGAGAAAAGUGUCGGCCCAAGAAUUGAACCCUGUGGCACCCCCAUAGAGACUGCCAUAGGUCCAGACAACAGGCCCUCCGAUUUGACACACUGAACUCUAUCUGAGAAGUAGUUGGUGAACCAGGCGAGGCAGUCAUUUGAGAAACCAAGGCUAUUUAGUCUGCCAAUAAGAAUGCGGUGGUUGACAGAGUCGAAAGCCUUGGCCAGGUCGAUGAAGACGGCUGCACAGUACUGUCUAUUAUCAAUCGCGGUUAUAAUAUCGUUUAGGACCUUGAGCGUGGCUGAAGUGCACCCGUGACCAGCUCAGAAACCGGAUUGCAUAGCGGAGAAGGUACGGUGGUAUUCGAAAUGGUCGAUGAUCUGUUUGUUAACUUGGCUUUCGAAUACUUUCGAAAGGCAGGGCAGGAUGGAUAUAGGUCUGUAGCAGUUUGGAUCUAGAGUGUUACCCCCUUUGAAGAGGGGGAUGACCGCGGCAGCUUUCCAAUCUCUGGGAAUCUCAGACGUUAUGAAAGAGAGGUUGAACAGACUAGUAAUAGGGGUUGCGACAAUUUCGGCGGCUAGUUUUAGAAAGAAAGGGUCCAGAUUGUCUAGCCCAGCUGAUUUGUAGGGGUCCAGAUUUUGCAGCGCUUUCAAAACAUCAGCUGUCUGAAUUUGUGUGAAGGAGAAGCGGGGGGGGGCAUGGGCAAGUUGCAGCAGAGGGUGCAGAGUUGGUGGCCGGGUUAGUGGUAGCCAGAUGGAAAGCAUGGCCAGCUGUAGCAAAAUGCUUGUUGAAAUUCUCGAUUAUUGUAGAUUUAUCGGUGGUUAACUUAACUAAUGGCAUUAGGUUAAUGUCAUUCGAGGUUACUCAGACCACCAUGGGGGAGCUAGUCUCAUUCCAUGACUCAAAAUCCACUACUAACUACACUGAUGUCAGAAUAAGGCUCAGCUUAUUACUUUUUAGCAAGCACACAAGUGUUUCAGUAUACCACACCUAAAGAUUAAAGGUAGACUUUGUAGGAUACGUUAGGCCUUACAACAGCCUUGUUAUGCCCUUAGACCAACAUGUAGUUUAUUUAUAAGUGAUCGUGCCUCCAUUUCCCAGAUUGCAACACAGCCAGCCCCAGGAAGGGGAUGCUCCCCCGUCCAAUCGUCCGGAGACGUCCAGCGCCAAGACUCUGAUGGACAUCGGUACCCGCAGGAUCUUCAACGACGACCAUGACAUGUUCAGGGAGAGUGUCCGACGUUUCUGGACAGAGGAGGUGGUGCCCUACCACAAGGAGUAUGUAUUGCCUGUCUGUAACCAUCUCCGCAUGUGCCUAGUGUUGCCCAUCAGGGUCCUGUUCAUUAAUCACCAAACGGUAGGAAACUGACUGAAACAAAUAGGGAGGAGCCAGCUGUAAAACGCUUGUUUUCCAUUGCAGAACGUUUUGAAAUGGUUUUGCUACUGUGUGACAUAAUAAACAGGACCCUGAUGAACAAGCUUUUUUCCCCCCAGUGAACUGAAUGGUUUUGAUGAUGUGAUUUAUAUUGUGAUGAUGACACAAUGCUGACUUAAGGUAUUAUCUCUGUCUUCCCUCCCCUCUCCCCCCUCCAGGUGGGAGAAGGCAGGUAUGGUGAGCAGGGAGCUAUGGCAGAAGGCUGGGGAGCAGGGUCUGUUGGGGAUCCUCACUCCAGAGGAGCACGGUGGGAUCGGAGGAGAUCUGCUGUCUGCAGCUGUGAUGUGGGAGGAGCAGUGAGUAUCUUGUCCUGAUCUGGGAUCAGCUCCCCACUGUCCGUAUAAUCAUAUUCAUAAUGAUCUAAACUGAUCCUAGAUCAGUACUCAUACUCCGAUACGCUAUAUGAAUACAGACCCUGGUGUAGGAGUGGGUUGAUUGGCUAGUGUUUCCCCAAGCUCUAUUGCUAUGACCAUGGGCGUAAAUGAGAAUGUAGUAGUUGUGAUACAUUUCAAACAACUGACUUAACUUAGAUGGCUACUGAUCUAAAUGCUAUUCUGUCAACAGGCUUUGUGUUGUACUGAAAGUCAGAGGGGAUAAUAAUAGGACUCACACACUCCGACCCACCCAACCACUCACACACACACACACCCUCCCACCCACACACACCCACCCACCCACCCACACCCACCCACUCACACACACCCUCACUCCCACCCACCCACCCACCCACUCACACCCACUCUCCCACCCAGUCACACAUAGCAGACCCCUCUCCUCACCCUGUCUCUCUUUGUCUUUGAGGAUGUACUCUAACUGCUCUGGCCCAGGCUUCGCCCUCCACUCUGAGAUUUGCAUGCCCUACAUCAGUAACUACGGCUCCAAGGAACAGAUCGAUCGCUUCAUACCGCAGAUGGCUGCUGGGACCUGCAUCGGGGCUAUCGCCAUGACGGAGCCAGGAGCUGGCAGGUGAGGACUUUUAACACUACUGGGCAAAGCUGAGCCAAGCUGAGCUGUACUGUGCUGGUCUGGUUACACAUCCACUUGAGUUGUUGGUACCCUACUGGAAAGGAUGAUGUGAAAAGAAAAUAUCCAAGCAGGCACAGUACGGUCUGGGUCGGCACCAUGGUGUGAAAAGGGUAUUAAUGGUUCAUUUAAUAGGCUAUACUUUCAACAUGAGAAUUUGACGAUGUUAAGGUCAAUGUGGGGUCAUUCUGCCUGUUUUCUGUUUUCAUUAUAAUGUGUGCUCCAACUUCUACCUCUGUCUAGUCAAUAGCAGUCCAUCCUAAAGAUCCUCUCUUCUCUCCUUUCUACCCAGUGACCUCCAAGGUGUCAGGACGUACGCUAAGAAGGACGGCGAUGACUGGAUCCUCAACGGUAACAAGGUGCGUUCAGGGUGGAUGUGGUUUAACCAGACUAGGGUUGUGUUUAGUCGGGCACACCGUAGCAAAACGUUUUGCAGUGGAGAAUGAAAAUCAGUUUUCUUGUUUGACAGAUUUGAGUAGUACCUCCCCCGUUUUCAAAAUGUUUUCUCCCAACUGAACAUGACCCAUGUCAUUGACCUCUGUCCCUUGACCCGCAGGUGUUCAUCACCAACGGUUGUAUGGCCGACAUGGUGAUCGUGGUGACCGUAACGAACCGCGAGGCGAAAACAGCGGCCCACGGGAUCAGCCUCUUUCUGGUGGAGAAAGGAAUGCCGGGCUUCCAGGCGGGCAAGAAGCUGGAAAAGAUUGGCCUGAUGGCACAGGUACAGUCAGAAAUCUAAAUCGCUCAUUUUUUAACCCUAUCUCGUUAAGGGGCCAUUUUGACCACCUGGCUGGGUUCAAAUACUUUGAUUGAAACUGCAUGUAGAACCAGAUGGAUGGGUUGCACUUUUUGGACUCUUCCAUUGGUUCCAUUGCGCUGGGCAAGCUCAGUCGAAGGCAGCUAAAGUAUUUGAAAGAAAACAAACACUAUUGAAUCCAGGUCUGGUCAAAUAAAAAGACCCCUCGUUGCUUCAAACAGUCGGUUUGACAUUGACGUCCCUUGAGAAGUGGGUUCAGAUGACCAGAAGGGGUCACUGUCAUGCCAGCCCAGUAUAGAACAGCCAUUACCUUCUAUAUAUAAUAACCGUUUUCUCUCUGACCCCAGGACACGGCCGAGCUGUUCUUUGAGGACGUGCGUCUCCCUGCUUCUGCCCUGCUGGGACAGGUCAACAAGGGCUUCUACUACCUGAUGAAUGAGCUGCCACAGGUACACAACAACACCUUUCAGAGAUGAAUUACACUUGCAUUAUACCAGGGUUGGGGUCAGUUACAUUUUGAUUUAGGAAGUAAGCUGAAAUUGCAAUUGUAUUUAUUUAAAAAGCAACGAGUGAAUUGACCUCUAACCUAUUCUAUGUACUUGAUUAUCACAAAGGUAUUGCUAUAACUAGUAGCUACAAACCGCCUCAUUAUUACUACUCCUCACCUUCCCUGUUCCUCCUCGUUCUUCCAGGAGCGCCUGCUGAUUGCAGACAUGGCCAUCGCCAGCAGUGAGUUCAUGUUUGAGGAGACCAGGAACUAUGUGACACAGAGGAAGGCUUUCGGCAAGACCAUCGCUCACCUUCAGGUUGGAUAACGUUAUCUUUGACUGGUGUUUCUGCUGUAGCAACCAGUGGCGUAUUCAGUCUAGUGGACCACUGACUCUAUCGGGGCGGUAGGUAACCUAGGGUAGAGAAGCUGAAAAAAAGUGGGGACUGAACUGGCAACUAGAAGGCUGCUGGUGUCAGAUCCUGUCUAUCCUGCCGUUGUGCCCUUGAGCAAGGCACUUAACCCAAAACUAGCUCCAUAGAACACAUUUAUGUUUGAUCAAAUGAAGGAAUGAAGUUGUAUUGUAUUAUGUUGAAGUGAUCCACUAACUCCAUCCCCCUGUCUCUUGGCCUGGUGCAGACAGUGCAGCACAAGCUGGCAGAGCUGAAGACUGAGAUCUGUGUGGGCCGCUCCUUUCUAGACAACUGUCUCCAGCUCCACUCAGAGAAACGCCUGGACUCUCAAACAGCCUCUAUGGCCAAGUACUGGUGAGAACACAACCAAAUACUAACUUACCCCUCUUUUACCAGCUUUACGGUACUCCAGUCAAGAACUGUCAGUAUGUUUGACAGGUAAAGUGCACUUGAACACACAGCUACCCUUAUGGAUUUAAAGGGAGUGGAUUGGUAUUAGAAUGAUGCUGGAUAUUUCUUUCCAGCCAAUGCUUUUAAAUCCAUGAUUAAGAGUUUGGAAGUGCACACUUCAGGGAGAAGAGCAGAGAAAUGUGAUCCCUCCUAUAUCGUCUGACUGUUUUGUUGUUCGCAGGGCGUCUGACCUCCAGAACUCUGUGGCCACCCGGUGUCUGCAGCUCCACGGGGGCUGGGGCUACAUGUGGGAGUACCCCAUCGCCAAGUGAGUGACAGUGAGACGUUUGUGUGUCAUGGAGAUAUACAAUAUUUUUCUAUUUAAUUCUAUGCUGUCUGUGCAUAUGAAAAUCCUCUCUCGCUCUCCGUCAGGGCGUUUGUGGACUCCCGUAUCCAGCCCAUCUAUGGAGGCACCAAUGAGAUCAUGAAGGAGCUGAUCGCCCGCAGUAUCGUCAGCCAGAAGUGAGGGAGACGUCCCAGUGACAUCACCAUGGAGGAGAGCUGGGGAGUGGUUAACAUAACAGGCUCUUACACCAACAGCAGUUUUGACUGGGUUAGCUACUUAGCUUGUUGUCGGUGCCUUUUAAAGUGAUUGUCAUGGUGACUGAAGGUAGGCCAGUGGUAUGUCUGGGGUGAAUCUGAACUUUCACUUAAAUAAAAUGUUCACUUAGUCUCCAAUUGACUUCAAUGCAUGACUGAGAUAAAAUUGACUUAAGUGGAACUUAGGAUUCACUCCUCUUUGAAUAAGCAUGGACUGAAAUAAUAGAUAUUUAGGGUUUCUCUAUUUAAUUUAUUUGCUAAUAUUGCCUGGGAAUAUGUGGUUUUAACGCUCUAGAUGUAGGGUUGUUUAUCCCUUUCCUUGGGCAUCUACAAGGCAAACAAUAUUUUAUUGAAUCCAUCCAUACAUCCUUUCACACUUGAAAUCUCAAGAGAUUGAAACAAUGAUCAAAUGCACAGAAUGAAAUUGUAUAUAUAUAUUUUAAACCAACUUUGUUUGUGUCCAACUGUUUGUCCUGGUGUGUUUAUGGGGGUAGAAAACGAAAUGGUAUAGUCACGUAAGUUAGAAUGUUCUAGUUUGAAUGAAAGAUGUUACAGUAUUUUAUCCAUCCAUGUGCCUUUUGUCCAAACCGGAAGUACCCUUGCUCUCUUCUACUUAUAACUAUUAAUGAUCAUCAUUAAAACACCACAACAAGCCGUGUAUUAGAACAUUGCAGUACGUUUGAUUGUUGUAUUAAAUUUGUUUUCUUUUAUCUAAACGCCACCUUAAUGUUGAUUUGAAAUAUAAUAUUGCUUGUUUAUUAAAGUUAUAGAUAAUUUUGGUGAUCCAUCUUACAAUUUUCAUUUGGUGCUGUUCUGUACUAUUGUGUUCUCUAUUGUUUAAUGUCACUUUCAGGAAGAGAUAUGGGGCGUUCUAUUGCAGUGGAGGAAGGCAUACAGGAAUAAUGUUUUGUUGAAGCCCAAAUCCCAUACUACCCUAGUAUAUUUCAUCCAUUAUGUUUGUAAUGUGUAGGAUGAGAAUAUCUGAUAUAAUAGGUUCAUUCAGCAGGCCUUACCUCCGCCCAGUAGACGGCAGCAAAUUCAACAGAUGAGACUGUAGGCUACCCUUGAAAUACUGAAGAAGAAACACAUUCACUUUUGUUGUGUGUGUUGGGUGAAAGCGGUACAGGGGGAAAUGUUGUCAAAAGCUGUGAAAACGUGUUUUUCCGGUGUGAAAAAUGUAUGUCGAGGUGGACAAGUACUUUCCACUGCAAAUACCAGGUGCGUUUCGUAGUUUUGCGUAGAAACUUUACUGGGGAAAUGGUGUUAAUUUAACGUUUAAUUUACUGUCAUUGAGCAGGAAAUAAGUUCGUUGUUUUUUCUAUUUUGAAUAGUGUUGAAUUCAUUGAAAUUGUCAUUAAACAUAACAUUUUAGUUAGACAGUGUUGUCAUAUAUGUAGUCAGUAAGCAAAAUUUAGCUACUUGAAGUGUUCGACAUUGUCUGUUGACCCACUAAUGCGAAACUGGGACACAAGUCACUUUUGGCACACUUUCCCAGAAAUGGCCUUUUAAAGCCUAUCUAACGUUUGCCUUUACAUAUGAGGUAACUAGGGGGGUUGAGUGUAACUCAGCUAUCCAACAGUGGCGGCUCCUGAAAAAAUUCUCAGGAGGGGCAAUUUUUCUGAUGAUUUAGGUGACCUACACACAUUUAAAAAAAGAUAUGUCCAGCAACAACAUGAAGACAGGGGCAGCAUAUAAGUCAAUACCAGAAGCAUUUAUUGACUGAUCUCAAAAGUGUUGGCUUACCAGGGUUGGUGGAGCCCUCAGUUUCAUCUUUGCCUCGCAAAGCUAACUCAAACACUCCGCAAAACUUCACACACUGGAUUAGCCGGCUGAGGAUGUGGCGGUUCUUGCUAAUGUCGUAGUAAAUAUAUUUGUUAUAGUGAAUAUGGAAUAUGAUAUGUUGAGUAAAAUGUUGUGCUAAGAUCUAUUUAGGUCAGGAGCUGGUUAUAAGUUCUGUUCCUAUCCAAUAACAAUGGACAAAAGGGUCCUAUCUUGUCAGCCUUGUCAGCAGGUGGCCAAGGACAACACCCACGCCAUAGGCCUCUCAGUUCUUCCAACUCACGAGUUCUUGCUCUGAGGACACACACACACACAAACACACACACACACACAUCAUCACUGUUAAACACACACACACACACAUCAUCACUGUUAAACACACACACACACACACACACACACAAAAAUCCCCUCUCUUAGGCUGAACAUUUGAAGACAGAGAACCCGACUCAGAGCCAAUGCAACAGUGACAGUAGCCUGCAGGGGACCUCGCCCAACUCAUCAGGACCAAUCAGAAGAUCAGAACUACUAGAUUGAACCUACUUCAUUUAUUGCAUAAAAUGUCUGCACACAAUGUUUCGGGGCUCUCUUCAGAUAAUAAUAAUAAUAAUAAUAAUAAUAAUAAUAAUAUGCCAUUUAGCAGACGCUUUUAUCCAAAGCGACUUACAGUCAUGCGUGCAUACAUUUUUGUGUAUGGGUGGUCCCGGGGAUCGAACCCACUACCUUGGCGUUACAAGCACCAUGCUCUACCAGCUGAGCUACAGAAAGUGGAUACUCAUGGAUGCGCAUUGCAAUUGUAAAAUGUCAACACAAUUGGAGACACCACGUAAUUUUUGGAGACAUGUUAUUGACAGUAAACUAUUGUAGAUGCGACUGCUAACUAACUAAAACAUUUUAGCUGGCUAGCUAAUCAUCUUAGCUAAAUGUGGGGCAAACAAUUCAGUUAUUUACCGUUAAUUUGAGGGAUUGGGGUGAAAGAAAUCGAGUUACAUAGUGAUACUUUACGAUAUACUGUAUUGACAAUAUCGCAAUAUUUUAGCGCUAGUUGGCUGUACCUGCACCAAAACACCAUUAUUGUUCCUUCAUAGCUUGUUCUCAAUCUUUUCACAUUGGGAGCCAAUUUGUUUUCAGCACUUUUAUUUCCAUGACUGAUCAAAACUCGUUCUCAUGGCUUUCUGAUCCCUCUGCAACAGACAUAUGGUGCGCAAUAAAAUCACAGUAUCGAAUCGCAAUACGUAUAGAAUCAUGAGACUCGCAAUGCUGAUGCAUAUAUCUUAUCGUGAGGUUCCUGGCAAUUCCCAGCCCAAGUUCAUUUGCCACAACAAAUCUCUUCGCUAGCAAACGCGAUGUCUUCUCCAAAACGGCAAUGUGUCUCCAGCAAUGUUUACUUUUUUGACGUUCUAUGGCAUCUCCACUUUCCAAGCAUAUAUGACCACAUGUAAUAUUUUGGUAAGUGAUGCAAAUAGUGAACUAUGUAGGGCCAGGAUGUAAAAUAUAUGUAGCUGCAGCAAUUUCUCUUAUCUGAUAUGGUAAGUAAUGGGGCUUAAUUUAUAGCUCCCUAAGAGUUUGACGAACGGGUCCGUGAACGCGAUUCCAGAUAUAUUUACCUCUGAAUAAACUGCCUUUAUUACACCAUAUCCACAUCCAGUAAACUUGUGAUUAUCAACACUAACCUCAUCGUUGUGGCGGCGGACAGCUAGCCUGUAUCCCUCGUCAUCCAGUUGAGUGAGUGGCAAUGUCUUUUUUCGUUCGUACCAAUUUUUGGAAAAUCCUCGGGUGUAGGACUUUCCGCCUUUAGUAGAAACCUGUUGAAUUAUUAAAUUUGGUCUGGGAGGUCCUAAUUGUUUCGUUGCCAAUUUAUCUUCAUUUGUUCGCCGACAAAAAGGAACUUCUUUCAAACAAUCCACUCUUUUCUCAGUUACGUUCAUGGUUACGUAACGUAUGACGAAAGCGCGUAAGUGCAAGCCCACAGACACCCAUUGAGAUUGUAUUGAAGGCUCUGAAAUUUGAAAAAAAUAGAUUUUACAUGGGAGUCUAUGACAGAAGUUCUGGGCGAUUUUCAAUCUGACUGAAAUCGCCCCAAAAGGGGGUGGAGCCAUUUGAAGCACGACUUUAGCCUGAUUCGACAUUUAGUGGCAGUGUGGCACUGUGGCAGAUCAGACGUAUAGAUUACAACACUGAUAACUACUGUUGCCGUGAUAUAAUUGAUUAGAAAAAAAAUCCCUUCCUUUUCCCGUUUGGCAGUGCGUCGCCCAUAUCGCCCUAUUGAACAGGCCGUCCCUGCUAUCCAACACUGCUAACUACAGAUUGUUACACCAGAUAAUGUGAUUUUAUUCUGUAGCUACAUCACUGCAUACUCCCUAUUCAUGAACCUGACUAUCCUGAUUGAUUGCUCCUACCUUGGUUUGGUUGCUUGGUUACUUAACUAAUGGCAUUAGGUUAAUGUCAUUCGAGGUUACUCAGCCCACCAUGGGGGGCUAGUCUCAUUCCAUGACUCAAAAUCCACUACUAACUACACUGAUGUCAGAAUAAGUCUCAGCUUAUUACUUUUUAGCAAGUGUUUCAGUAUACCACACCUAAAGAUUAAAGGUAGACUUUGUAGGAUACAUUAUGCCUUACAACAGCCUUGUUAUGCCCUUAGACCAACAUGUAGUUUAUUUAUAAGUGAUCGUGCCUCCAUUUCCCAGAUUGCAACACAGCCAGCCCCAGGAAGGGGAUGCUCCCCCGUCCAAUCGUCCGGAGACGUCCAGCGCCAAGACUCUGAUGGACAUCGGUACCCGCAGGAUCUUCAACGACGACCAUGACAUCAUUUUACAUUUUACAUUUUAGUCAUUUAGCAGACGCUCUUAUCCAGAGCGACUUACAGUUAGUUAUUUUUUCAUAUUAUUUUUUUUAGACCCCCUGUGGGAAUCGAACCCACAACCCUGGCGUUGCAAACGCCAUGCUCUACCAACUGAGCUACAUCCCUGCCGGUCAUUCCCUCCCCUACCUUGGACGACGCUGGGCCAAUUGUGCGCCGCCCCAUGGGUCUCCCGGUCGCGACCGGCUGCCAUGUUCAGGGAGAGUGUCCGACGUUUCUGGACAGAGGAGGUGGUGCCCUACCACAAGGAGUAUGUAUUGCCUGUCUGUAACCAUCUCCGCAUGUGCCUAGUGUUGCCCAUCAGGGUCCUGUUCAUUAAUCACCAAACGGUAGGAAACUGACUGAAACAAACAGGGAGGAGCCAGCUGUAAAACGCUUGUUUUCCAUUGCAGAACGUUUUGAAAUGGUUUUGCUACUGUGUGACAUAAUAAACAGGACCUUGAUGAACAAGCUUUUUCCCCCCCAGUGAACUGAAUGGUUUUGAUGAUGUGAUUUAUAUUGUGAUGAUGACACAAUGCUAACUUAAGGUAUUAUCUCUGUCUUCCCUCCCCUCUCCCCCCUCCAGGUGGGAGAAGGCAGGUAUGGUGAGCAGGGAGCUAUGGCAGAAGGCUGGGGAGCAGGGUCUGUUGGGGAUCCUCACUCCAGAGGAGCACGGUGGGAUCGGAGGAGAUCUGCUGUCUGCAGCUGUGAUGUGGGAGGAGCAGUGAGUAUCUUGUCCUGAUCUGGGAUCAGCUCCCCACUGUCCGUAUAAUCAUAUUCAUAAUGAUCUAAACUGAUCCUAGAUCAGUACUCAUACUCCGAUACGCUAUAUGAAUACAGACCCUGGUGUAGGAGUGGGUUGAUUGGCUAGUGUUUCCCCAAGCUCUAUUGCUAUGACCAUGGGCGUAUAUGAGAAUGUAGUAGUUGUGAUACAUUUCAAACAACUGACUUAACUUAGAUGGCUACUGAUCUAAAUGCUAUUCUGUCAACAGGCUUUGUGUUGUACUGAAAGUCAGAGGGGAUAAUAAUAGGACUCACACCCUCCCACCCACCCACCCACACACACACUCCGACCCACCCACCCACCCACACACACACACCCACACACACACACACCCACCCACUCACACACACCCUCCCACUCACACACACCCACCCACCCACCCACUCACACACACCCACUCCCACCCACUCACUCCCACACACACACACCCACCCACCCUCCCACCCACUCCCACCCACUCUCCCACCCAGUCACACAUAGCAGACCCCUCUCCUCACCCUGUCUCUCUUUUUGUCUUCGAGGAUGUACUCUAACUGCUCUGGCCCAGGCUUCACCCUCCACUCGGAGAUUUGCAUGCCCUACAUCAGUAACUACGGCUCCAAGGAACAGAUCGAUCGCUUCAUACCGCAGAUGGCUGCUGGGACCUGCAUCGGGGCUAUCGCCAUGACGGAGCCAGGAGCUGGCAGGUGAGGACUUUUAACACUACUGGGCAAAGCUGAGCCAAGCUGAGCUGUACUGUGCUGGUCUGGUUACACAUCCACUUGAGUUGUUGGUACCCUACUGGAAAGGAUGAUGUGAAAAGAAAAUAUCCAAGCAGGCACAGUACGGUCUGGGUCGGCACCAUGGUGUGAAAAGGGUAUUAAUGGUUCAUUUAAUAGGCUAUACUUUCAACAUGAGAAUUUGACGAUGUUAAGGUCAAUGUGGGGUCAUUCUGCCUGUUUUCUGUUUUCAUUAUAAUGUGUGCUCCAACUUCUACCUCUGUCUAGCCAAUAGCAGUCCAUCCUAAAGAUCCUCUCUUCUCUCCUUUCUACCCAGUGACCUCCAAGGUGUCAGGACGUACGCUAAGAAGGACGGCGAUGACUGGAUCCUCAACGGUAACAAGGUGCGUUCAGGGUGGAUGUGGUUUAACCAGACUAGGGUUGUGUUUAGUUGGGCACACCGUAGCAAAACGUUUUGCAGUGGAGAAUGAAAAUCAGUUUUCUUCUUUGACAAAUUUGAGUAGUACCUCCCCCGUUUCAAAAUGUUUUCUCCCAACUGAACAUGACCCAUGUCAUUGACCUCUGUCCCUUGACCCGCAGGUGUUCAUCAGCAACGGUUGUAUGGCCGACAUGGUGAUCGUGGUGACCGUAACGAACCGCGAGGCGAAAACAGCGGCCCACGGGAUCAGCCUCUUUCUGGUGGAGAAAGGAAUGCCGGGCUUCCAGGCGGGCAAGAAGCUGGAAAAGAUUGGCCUGAUGGCACAGGUACAGUCAGAAAUCUAAAUCGCUCAUUUUUUAACCCCAUCUCGUUAAGGGGCCAUUUUGACCACCUGGCUGGGUUCAAAUACUUUGAUUGAAACUGCAUGUAGAACCAGAUGGAUGGGUUGCACUUUUUGGACUCUUCCAUUGGUUCCAUUGCGCUGGGCAAGCUCAGUCGAAGGCAGCUAAAGUAUUUGAAAGAAAACAAACACUAUUGAAUCCAGGUCUGGUCAAAUAAAAAGACCCCUCGUUGCUUCAAACAGUCGGUUUGACAUUGACGUCCCUUGAGAAGUGGGUUCAGAUGACCAGAAGGGGUCACUGUCAUGCCAGCCCAGUAUAGAACAGCCAUUACCUUCUAUAUACACUGCUCAAAAAAAUUAAGGGAACACUUAAACAACACAAUGUAACUCCAAGUCAAUCACACUUCUGUGAAAUCAAACUAUCCACUUAGGAAGCAACACUGAUUGACAAUACAUUUCACAUGCUGUUGUGCAAAUGGAAUAGACAACAGGUGGAAAUUAUAGGCAAUUAGCAAGACACCCCCAAUAAAGGAGUGGUUUUGCAGUUGGUGACCACAGACCACUUCUCAGUUCCUAUGCUUCCUGGCUGAUGUUUUGGUCACUUUUGAAUGCUGGCGGUGCUUUCACUCUAGUGGUAGCAUGAGACGGAGUCUACAACCCACACAAGUGGAUCAGGUAGUGCAGCUCAUCCAGGAUGGCACAUCAAUGCGAGCUGUGGCAAGAAGGUUUGCUGUGUCUGUCAGCGUAGUGUCCAGAGCAUGGAGGCGCUACCAGGAGACAGGCCAGUACAUCAGGAGACGUGGAGGAGGCCGUAGGAGGGCAACAACCCAGCAGCAGGACUGCUACCGCCGCCUUUGUACAAGGAGGAGCAGGAGGAGCACUGCCAGAGCCCUGCAAAAUGACCUCCAGCAGGCCACAAAUUUUAUUUUAUUUAUUUUAUUUCACCUUUAUUUAACCAGGUAAACCAGUUGAGACCAAGUUCUCAUUUACAACUGCGACCUGGCCAAGACAAAUGUGCAUGUGUCUGCUCAAACGGUCAGAAACAGACUCCAUGAGGGUGGUAUGAGGGCCCGACGUCCACAGGUGGGGGUUGUGCUUACAGCCCAACACCGUGCAGGACGUUUGGCAUUUGCCAGAGAACACCAAGAUUGGCAAAUUCGCCACUGGCGCCCUGUGCUCUUCACAGAUGAAAGCAGGUUCACACUGAGCACAUGUGACAGACGUGACAGAGUCUGGAGACGCUGUGGAGAACGUUCUGCUGCCUGCAACAUCCUCCAGCAUGACCGGUUUGGCGGUGGGUCAGUCAUGGUGUGGGGUGGCAUUUCUUUGGGGGGCCGCACAGCUCUCCAUGUGCUCGCCAGAGGUAGCCUGACUGCCAUUAGGUACCGAGAUGAGAUCCUCAGACCCCUUGUGAGACCAUAUGCUGGUGCGGUUGGCCCUGGGUUCCUCCUAAUGCAAGACAAUGCUAGACCUCAUGUGGCUGGAGUGUGUCAGCUGUUCCUGCAAGAGGAAGGCAUUGAUGCUAUGGACUGGCCCGCCCGUUCCCCAGACCUGAAUCCAAUUGAGCACAUCUGGGACAUCAUGUCUCGCUCCAUCCACCAACGCCACGUUGCACCACAGACUGUCCAGGAGUUGGCGGAUGCUUUAGUCCAGGUCUGGGAGGAGAUCCCUCAGGAGACUAUCCGCCACCUCAUCAGGAGCAUGCCCAGGCGUUGUAGGGAGGUCAUACAGGCACGUGGAGGCCACACACACUACUGAGCCUCAUUUUGACUUGUUUUAAGGACAUUACAUCAAAGUUGGAUCAGCCUGUAGUGUGGUUUUCCACUUUAAUUUUGAGGGUGACUCCAAAUACAGACCUCCAUGGGUUGAUACAUUUGAUUUCCAUUGAUAAUUUUUGUGUGAUUUUGUUGUCAGCACAUUCAACUAUGUAAAGAAAUAAGUAUUUAAUAAGAUUAUUUCAUUCAUUCAGAUCUAGGAUGUGUUAUUUUAGUGUUCCCUUAAUUUUUUUGAGCAGUGUAUAAUAACCGUUUUCUCUCUGACCCCAGGACACGGCCUAGCUGUUCUUUGAGGACGUGCGUCUCCCUGCUUCUGCCCUGCUGGGACAGGUCAACAAGGGCUUCUACUACCUGAUGAAUGAGCUGCCACAGGUACACAACGACACCUUUCAGAGAUGAAUUACACUUGCAUUAUACCAGGGUUGGGGUCAGUUACAUUUUGAUUUAGGAAGUAAGCUGAAAUUGCAAUUGUAUUUAUUUAAAAAGCAACGAGUGAAUUGACCUCUAACCUAUUCUAUGUACUUGAUUAUCACAAAGGUAUUGCUAUAACUAGUAGCUACAAACCGCCUCAUUAUUACUACUCCUCACCUUCCCUGUUCCUCCUCGUUCUUCCAGGAGCGCCUGCUGAUUGCAGACAUGGCCAUCGCCAGCAGUGAGUUCAUGUUUGAGGAGACCAGGAACUAUGUGACACAGAGGAAGGCUUUCGGCAAGACCAUCGCUCACCUUCAGGUUGGAUAACGUUAUCUUUGACUGGUGUUUCUGCUGUAGCAACCAGUGGCGUAUUCAGUCUAGUGGACCACUGACUCUAUCGGGGCGGUAGGUAACCUAGGUUAGAGAAGCUGAAAAAAAGUGGGGACUGAACUGGCAACUAGAAGGCUGCUGGUGUCAGAUCAUGUCUCUCCUGCCGUUGUGCCCUUGAGCAAGGCACUUAACCCAAAACUAGCUCCAUAGAACACAUUUCUGUUUGAUCAAAUGAAGGAAUGAAGUUGUAUUGUAUUAUGUUGAAGUGAUCCACUAACUCCAUCCCCCUGUCUCUUGGCCUGGUGCAGACAGUGCAGCACAAGCUGGCAGAGCUGAAGACUGAGAUCUGUGUGGGCCGCUCCUUUGUAGACAACUGUCUCCAGCUCCACUCAGAGAAACGCCUGGACUCUCAAACAGCCUCUAUGGCCAAGUAUUGGUGAGAACACAACCAAAUACUACUUACCCCUCUUUUACCAGCUUUACGGUACUCCAGUCAAGAACUGUCAGUAUGUUUGACAGGUAAAGUGCACUUGAACACACAGCUACCCUUAUGGAUUUAAAGGGAGUGGAUUGGUAUUAGAAUGAUGCUGGAUAUUUCUUUCCAGCCAAUGCUUUUAAAUCCAUGAUUAAGAGUUUGGAAGUGCACACUUCAGGGAGAAGAGCAGAGAAAUGUGAUCUCUCCUAUAUCGUCUGAGUGUUGUGUUGUUGGCAGGGCGUCUGACCUCCAGAACUCUGUGGCCACCCGGUGUCUGCAGCUCCACGGGGGCUGGGGCUACAUGUGGGAGUACCCCAUCGCCAAGUGAGUGACAGUGAGACGUUUGUGUGUCAUGGAGAUAUACAAUAUUUUUCUAUUUAAUUCUAUGCUGUCUGUGCAUAUGAAAAUCCUCUCUCGCUCUCCGUCAGGGCGUUUGUGGACUCCCGUAUCCAGCCCAUCUAUGGAGGCACCAAUGAGAUCAUGAAGGAGCUGAUCGCCCGCAGUAUCGUCAGCCAGAAGUGAGGGAGACGUCCCAGUGACAUCACCAUGGAGGAGAGCUGGGGAGUGGUUAACAUAAGAGGCUCUUACACCAACAGCAGUUUUGACUGGGUUAGCUACUUAGCUUGUUGUCGGUGCCUUUUAAAGUGAUUGUCAUGGUGACUGAAGGUAGGCCAGUGGUAUGUCUGGGGUGAAUCUGAACUUUCACUUAAGUCAAAUUUUCACUUAGUCUCCCAUUGACUUCAAUGCAUGACUGAGAUAAAAUGGACUUAAGUGGAACUUAGGAUUCACUCCUCUUUGAAUAAGCAUGGACUGAAAUAAUAGAUAUUUAGGGUUUCUCUAUUUAAUUUAUUUGCUAAUAUUGCCUGGGAAUAUGUGGUUUUAACGCUCUAGAUGUAGGGUUGUUUAUCCCUUUCCUUGGGCAUCUACAAGGCAAACAAUAUUUUAUUGAAUCCAUCCAUACAUCCUUUCACACUUGAAAUCUCAAGAGAUUGAAACAAUGAUCAAAUGCACAGAAUGAAAUUGUAUAUUUUUUAAAAACCACCUUUGUUUGUGUCCAACUGUUUGUCCUGGUGUGUUUAUGGGGGUAGAAAACGAAAUGGUAUAGUCACGUAAGUUAGAAUGUUCUAGUUUGAAUGAAAGAUGUUACAGUAUUUUAUCCAUCCAUGUGCCUUUUGUCCAAACCGGAAGUACCCUUGCUCUCUUCUACUUAUAACUAUUAAUGAUCAUCAUUAAAACACCACAACAAGCCAUGUAUUAGAACAUUGCAGUACGUUUGGUUGUUGUAUUAGAUUUGUUUUCUUUUAUCUAAACGCCACCUUAAUGUUGAUUUGAAAUAUAAUAUUGCUUGUUUAUUAAAGUUAUACAAUUUUGGUGAUCCAUUUUACAA